AUGCCCUCUCUCGCCCACCAUCCCCCUAUCAUUCUCUACCACUACCCCUACUCCCCUUACGCCCGUCGCGUCGUGUGGUACCUCCGGCUGCGUGGUAUAUCCUACUCGGAGUGUAUCCAACCCCCCACCCUCCCCCGCCCCGAUCUUUCAACCCACCUCCGCCUCGCCCACCGCCGCAUCCCCCUCCUCGCCAUCGGCCGCGACCUGUACCUCGACAGCCGUCUGAUCCUGCGCAAGCUAGACAGCCUGCUGCUGCUACCACCGCCCCCUCCCGCCACCGCCGCAACUAUCACAACUCCCAUCUCAACCACAACUCCCAUCUCAACCACAACUCCCAUCUCAACCACAACUGCCACCAUCACCACCACAACCCCCACCCUCACCACCACCGCUACCGCCACUACCGAUAACAACAACAACAACAACAACAACAACAACAACAACAACAACAACAACAACAACAACAACAACAACAACAACAACAACAACAACAACAUCACCAAUGGCAAACCCACUACGCCCUCCGCACCGCUGGGCAUGCCCCGCACCGGCGCCCCCGACAAGCUCGCCACACAGCGCUUGCUCAGCGUGCUGACGACGUCAACAGAUCUGUUCUUUCGGGCGGCCGUGUUGCUGCCGAGGACACUACCGCUUUUGGGGGAGGGGGGGUUCAGGAGGGAUAGGGUUGAUUUCUUUUUUGGUGAUACUCCUGUUGGUGCUGGUGGCGGGAAUGGGAGUGGUGGUGGUGGUGGUGGUGGUAAUGGGAGUGACACCCUCCUUUCGGACGGACGGGAGUGGGUUCUAGGUGGCGGCGGGAAAGCGCCGACGCUGGCUGAUAUCGAGGCGGUGUGGGUGUUUCACUGGAUGAUUGGCAUCCCCGGGGCGCUGUUCGACGCCGGCGCGGUUUCAGGCGGCGGUUGGGCGGCGAAGGCGGGAGUGGUUGUGAAAGGGGUGAGUGGGGAGGAGGCGGCGGCGGUGCUGAAGGGGGAGAGGGAAGGAGUGGGAUAUUUCGAGGAGGAGGAGGAGGUGGAUGCCGCGGACCCGAUCGUCAAGGUGUACGGCCUGGAGAAGGGGUGGAGAGUCGAGGUGUGGCCGACAGACUCGGGAGCUGCGCAUCGGGACCAGGGCCGGCUGAUGAGCCUCAACGCGGAGGAGGUAGUCUGGGAGACGGACGCCGGGGUGCGGGUGCACGCGCCUCGGCAUGGGUUCCGGGUGCGGCUGGUCAGACCGGGAGGAGGUUCGGGCCUAACGGAAUAAGUUAUUGUCUAUGGUUUCUCUAUCAUUUGUGUUUUAGUUUCGGCCGUGAGAACUAGCAAUGCUAUGAUGACUGGUAUCGAUACCUUACUGCCAUGCCCAACUCGAAACAUUGCUCUCAACUUCAAAGCCAGGCCUUGGAUAUCUGGGUCACUGUAUCUGCCUUGGGCCUGUCAAACCCCAGCCCUCGUCGCCUCAAGUGGCAGACACUAGACAAACCAUUUUCUUUUUUUUCUUUUUUCUUUUUUUUUAAAAAAAAAAGAAAAAAAAAAACAUGCAACCGUUAACGAACUAAGUGCGUGUGAUUAAAUUAUCAAAAUAAUUAUAGUGAGGAUCGAGGCUAUCGACGACUAAAUGCGUGUGUACAUACGGGGGUCUACUCCGCAUCAUCACCGGAGGACUCAUCCAUACCGGUUACCGGGAUUGCGGCACCGGCCGUGGGUGGGAAGGGAAGUAAGACCUGGUUAGAGGUGGCUCG